UGUAGGCGGGGACGUGCCAGUGGCGCACGUUCAGCUUUGUUCGUGCUACAGUCAUGCCCCGGCGACUCUUGGUUCCAUAUAAGUCGGGUUUCUCUUAUUCUCGUCUUCCUGGUGCCUGUUAUGGUUUUUCGAAAAUGAAUGUGGCCAAAAGUGGGUAUCGGGUCUUCUCGGCAAAUUCCUCAGCGGCGUGCACAGAGUUGGCGAAGAGGAUUACAGAACGACUUGGUGUUGAGCUGGGUAAAUCUGUUGUCUAUCAGGAGUCCAAUCGUGAGACACGUGUAGAGAUUAAAGAGUCAGUGCGAGGCCAGGACAUUUUCAUCAUCCAGACAAUUCCCCGAGAUGUAAACACAGCAGUAAUGGAGUUGCUGGUCAUGGCCUAUGCUCUCAAGACCUCCUGCGCACGAAACAUUAUUGGGGUCAUUCCUUAUUUCCCUUACAGCAAGCAGUGCAAGAUGAGGAAGCGAGGUUCUAUUGUCUGCAAACUUCUGGCAUCCAUGUUGGCAAAGGCUGGUCUGACCCACAUCAUUACAAUGGAUCUACACCAGAAGGAAAUCCAAGGCUUCUUUACCUUUCCAGUGGACAACUUGCGAGCAUCACCUUUUCUGCUGCAGUACAUCCAGGAGGAGAUCCCAGAUUAUCGAAAUGCAAUUAUUGUAGCUAAAUCCCCAUCAGCAGCUAAAAGGGCCCAGUCAUACGCAGAGAGGCUUCGUUUGGGACUGGCAGUGCUACAUGGUGAAGCCCAGUGUGCAGAGUCUGACAUGGCAGAUGGAAGGAACUCUCCACCCUCUGUAAAGAGCACAACUGUCCACCCCGGCUUGGAGUUGCCUUUACUGAUGGCCAAAGAGAAGCCACCUAUAACCGUUGUGGGGGAUGUUGGAGGCAGAAUUGCAAUCCUCGUGGAUGAUAUAGUAGAUGAUGUGGAAGAUUUUGUGGCAGCUGCAGAAAUCCUGAAGGAACGAGGUGCCUACAAAAUCUAUGUAAUGGCCACUCACGGGCUACUGUCAGCUGAGGCUCCACGUCUUAUUGAGGAGUCAGCCAUCGAUGAGGUUGUUGUGACCAACACCAUCCCUCAUGAGAUCCAGAAACUUCAGUGUCCCAAAAUCAAAACCGUGGAUGUCAGCAUGAUUUUGGCAGAAGCCAUCCGGAGGAUCCAUAAUGGAGAAUCUAUGGCAUACCUCUUUCGUAAUAUCACAGUGGACGACUAGUAUAGGGUGAAAGUUGUCUGCUCAGCAUUAACAAGGACAUUUAGGCAGUGGUUAAGAAGAGAGUUCUAGUACAUAUCUGAGGGAAUUUAGCUUGCGGGUGAGAAGGGGACACAUGUAUCUUGCCCAGCUGCUUUGCUCAGCACCCCUUCACUUACCAUGUACCCACUGAUGCGACACAUGCAGGACUUGCGUGGAAGCACCACUGAGUGAUACAAUGCAAAUGGUUGGGUGCUGACCUCAGAGACCUGUCAUACACAGUAAAAACUAUAGUAUAUUAAUUCUGCUUCUGCUAGCAGGUAACUUGACAGUCCCUCCUUAUUGGUUCAGUUCUGUUUCCAGGUGUGAAAGCAUUACCUUCAAUGUAAGCAAAGGUGUCUUGAGGAGAUAAGUGCUAGGUUCUGGUACUGCUUUAUGGUCCCGCUACAACACCCCUUCCUGAAAAUGGAUCAUUUUUCAUGGAAGUAGAUUUGAAAAACACACUACAUCCAUGUAACUGCUUUCUGAGUGAAUGCCUUGGACAGGGGGUGAGGGGUUGCUGCUGUUUCCAUUUGCUCCUGUACUUCCUUCCUCAUUAAAGACCCUGUUCUGUGA